AUGGAGGGCGAAAAAAUAAAAACCAACAGCAUUUCCAACUUCUCCGUCACGUACGAAAGGGAAUCUGGGGCCAACAGCAACAGCGAUGAUAAAAGUGUCAGCAGCAGCGAAAAUGAGUCCAACUCGUUCAUGAAUUUGACAAGCGAUAAAAAUGAAAAGACAGAAAAUAAUAGUUUCAUUCUAAACAAUAGCAGCUUUGCAAAUAUGAAAGAUAGCUUUUUGGAAUCCAUAGACUUGAGCGUUUUAGACUCGAACUUUGAUUCGAAGAAGGAUUUUUUGCCAAGUAAUUUAUCCAAAAAUUUUAACAAUUUGUCGAAAGAAAAUCUUGGGAAUAAAUAUUUAAAUAAAUUAUUAAAUAAAAGUGACUCGAUAUUUAUGUCAAAGAGUAAAGACAUGAAUUUAAUAGAAAACAACCUGGGCAGUAACAACCUGCCAGUAAAGAGCAGCAACAAGAAGGAGGGCUUCAUGGAUUCGUCCACUCCAAUAAAUGCGAAUGAAGAUAACGCAAUGAAUAAUCGUAAAAAAUAUAGCAAUAGUAAUAAUAUUAAUGAUACGUAUGAAAAGAAAAUAAUCGAAACGGAGUUGAGUGAUUCAAGUGACUUUGAAAACAUGGUGGGGGAUCUCAGAAUCACGUUUAUUAAUUGGCUAAAAAAAACACAAAUGAAUUUUAUCAGAGAAAAGGACAAAUUAUUUAAAGACAAAAAGGAACUAGAAAUGGAAAGAAUAAGACUCUACAAAGAAAUAGAAAAUAGAAAGUCAAUCGAGGAACAGAAACUGCACGAUGAAAGGAAAAAACUGGACAUUGAUAUAUCAAACGGGUAUAAACAAAUUAAGAAAGAAAAAGAAGAACAUAGAAAAAGGUUCGAUGAGGAAAGGCUACGAUUUUUACAAGAAAUAGAUAAAAUAAAGCUAGUCCUCUAUUUAGAGAAAGAAAAAUAUUUCCAAGAAUAUAAAAAUUUUGAAAAUGAUAAGAAAAAAAUUGUCGAUGCUAACAUCGCAACGGAAACUAUGAUUGAUAUAAACGUCGGGGGGGCCAUAUUUGAAACAUCUAGGCACACCCUAACACAGCAGAAGGACUCCUUUAUAGAAAAAUUGCUAAGUGGGAGGUACCACGUAACGAGGGAUAAGCAAGGCAGGAUAUUUCUAGAUCGGGAUAGCGAGUUAUUCAGAAUCAUAUUAAACUUUUUAAGAAAUCCAUUGACGGUCCCUAUUCCGAAGGACUUAAGCGAAAGUGAGGCCCUGCUAAAAGAGGCAGAAUUUUAUGUUUUCUGCAUGGGUGGUUUCGAUGGGGUAGAGUACCUAAACUCCAUGGAACUCUUAGAUAUUAGCCAACAGUGUUGGCGUAUGUGUACACCCAUGUCCACGAAGAAGGCAUAUUUUGGAAGUGCUGUUUUGAACAAUUUCUUAUACGUUUUUGGAGGAAAUAAUUAUGAUUAUAAAGCCCUUUUCGAAACUGAGGUAUAUGAUAGGUUAAGAGACACUUGGUUUGUUUCUAGUAACUUGAAUAUCCCUCGAAGAAACAAUUGUGGAGUUACAUCCAACGGAAGAAUCUACUGUAUUGGUGGGUAUGAUGGAUCGUCUAUAAUCCCCAAUGUAGAAGCCUAUGAUCAUAGGAUGAAGGCUUGGGUAGAAAUCGCCCCAUUGAAUACUCCACGAUCUUCGUCCAUGUGUGUAGCCUUUGACAACAAAAUUUAUGUCAUUGGUGGAACCAAUGGAGAAAGACUAAAUUCGAUCGAAGUGUAUGAUGAAAAGAUGAACAAAUGGGAGCAAUUUCCGUACGCUUUGUUAGAAGCUAGAAGCUCAGGGGCAGCUUUUAACUACCUAAAUCAGAUAUAUGUUGUUGGGGGGAUUGACAACGAACACAAUAUUUUGGACUCCGUUGAACAGUACCAACCUUUUAAUAAAAGGUGGCAAUUUCUGAAUGGAGUUCCAGAGAAAAAGAUGAAUUUUGGUGCAGCCACACUGUCCGAUUCGUACAUCAUCACGGGUGGUGAAAAUGGCGAUGUCUUAAACUCCUGUCACUUUUUCUCUCCGGACACGAAUGAGUGGCAGAUAGGACCCUCCCUCCUCGUCCCCAGAUUUGGACAUUCCGUUUUAAUUGCGAAUAUAUGA